UCCAACAAGAAUUUAUUAUACUCACCCCAAGAUGGCGUGUUUCGACUACAACAUAUUCCAACAAAUCUACUGCCUCUCUUUCUCAUCUGGCCUCGUCUCGAAUAAGAAAGGCACAGAAACAAAUCUCCAAGAUGCACUAAAGAUAGCUCUUGGAGACACACUCCCGCGUUUGCCAGGUGAUUGGUCUAUUUCCUGGGGGCCAAGAGUCUUCAAAGAGAAGCCUGAUGACCCGGCAACCGGACCGGACAAUACCUGGUUUGCUGCCAUUAGUCGCACUCAGAAAGUCUGCGCUGUCGCCAUUGCAGGUACGGCGUCUAAUUCAAUUCCAGACUUAUUGCAAGAUGUAAAUGUUUAUGCGGUCGUGGACUUUGAUGCCUGGGUUGAUUCGUGGUCUUCUCAAGGUAUUCCUAAACCCGAGGAUCACCCCGAGAAAUACCCUUCCCGGUCCUAUUGUGCAAAGGGAAUCUGCGAUGGCACGUGGAACCUACUGAGCAAUGUUAGUACAGCAGUCAAUAGCGGUCUGCGUAUCGACGAGUACUUGCAGCAGCUUGACUCAGACUACACCGUCGUCUUCACAGGUCACAGCCUAGGAGGAGCCCUUGCUCCGACCGCUGCACUGGGGUUGGCUCGGUCUAAGCUUCGCUGCAAUAGUACGAUUAAGGUUCUGCCGUCCGCCGGGGUUUCUCCCGGAAACGACAUUUUCGCCAAACAAUAUGCCGAAACCUUCACCAAGGACCCUCUGUCGGGCGAAGACUACAAGGUCUAUAACACGGACUUCUAUAACGUCUACGACAUCGUACCUCAGGCUUGGUCCACGAAUCCCGACCAUAACAGAAAUCUCAACAAUAUCCUAACCAGGAUCCUCCAUUGCAGCGAUGACUUUAAGCCCGAAGCAAAAACCUGGGUAGACAGAGCUAGUUUUCUAUCCGCAAUUUCACACAUGCCGUAUACUCCCCUUCCGGGACAGGCCUUCGUUGGUCGUCCACCACCUGAAACCCCUAUCAAUAACUGGCAUCAAGUGGGCGCACAUUCCAAUCAGCAUCACGGUGUCGCUUAUUAUGAUGAACUGGGCGUUGCCGAGUUCAUUAAAAUAAUCGACGAUAAACUCUCGAAGCGGCUUGGGGCCUCGUACCCUAACUGA